GCACCAUAUAGCUUUCUUGUAUCGAAAAAAAUCACAUUCUGACACCUCAUCGAAAAUUCUCUAAACUCGGGAACAAGCAAGACGAAGCAAUUGGCACCAAAAUGGCAUCCGCGGACAAGCCCCAUGGAGCUCCUCAGCCGGCGUACCUUCCUACAGCGGGCAGCAUCUUGAAUGCCGACAAAGGCUUCUACGACUCUCUAGCCAGCAGCAAAUCCAGAACACUACAGCAAACCAUCAACAUCCCGCCACGCUCUGCCAAAGCAUGGAAAGUUCCCGCCGGCAGUAUCGUCCGCUUCUCCACGCCAGAAGGCGCUCAAGUAGGAGAUUUGAACAUCUGGAAUCUGGCCAACCCGCGCGAGCGAUUCUGGGCAUCUCGCACGAGACAACUGCAAGCUAGUCAUGUCACUGUGUAUGAUCGACUCUGGAGUUGCUUGCCUUAUCUUAGACCUAUGGUCACAAUCAUCGCGGACUCGUUGAAGGACUAUGGCGUGGAUCAAUGGGGAGGCAGAUGUCAUGAUCUUCUUGGCACUCGUUGUGAUCCCUAUGUAAACACAAUGUUGACCGGAGAUCAGUAUGACUACCACUGUCAUUCGAACUUGACCAGAGCCGUUGUGCCCUAUGGAUUGACUGAGUUCGACGUCCAUGAUGUUAUCAACAUCUUCCAAGUCACUGGCCUGAAUGCCGAGGGUAAAUACUUCAUGGAACCAAGCCCAGCAAAGAAAUCCGAUUAUCUUGAGUUCUUCGCCGAGCAGGAUGUCUUGAUGGCACUAUCUGCAUGUCCUGGAGGUGAUCUCAGCGCUUGGGGAUGGGGAGAAGGAGGCGCUGGGGAGGAGGGUGAGAAGAAGAGCAUGCUUGACUGCUGUCGCCCACUCAGAGCAGAAGUAUACAGCCUGGACGACAAGUCGUUACUGGAAGGCUGGAAGCAAUUUGAGCCACCGAAAUAUACUGGAAUCCACGGUAUGAAGGUGCCAGUUGGAGAGAAUGUGUAGACAUAAUCCUGAUCAAGCAUGCCUGGAAACAAGAAAUGUGUCACAUGUUGUUGCAUCGAAGCUGAUUCACUGUCGAGACCAAAAGCAAAACUAUCCUGGUCCCGGCUAGGAGUCGAACCCCAGCCCCUCCAGCUAUACCCUUAUAACUUGUCAGAAUUCAUUUAUUACCGUAGUCCUCUGUUUGGUGUAACGGCUCAACCUCUCAUGACCCACAAACCAAAAAAGCCCCCAGGCUCCGCCGUAUGUCAAAAUUGCAACAGGCAGCUGGAUG